AUGUCAUCGAGAAAGAAGGUCCUUCUCAAGGUCAUUAUCCUUGGCGACAGCGGUGUCGGUAAGACGAGUCUGAUGAACCAAUAUGUCAACAAGAAGUUCAGUGCAAGCUACAAAGCCACGAUCGGCGCCGACUUCCUGACCCGCGAGGUUCUCGUCGACGACCGCCAGGUUACUAUGCAGCUCUGGGACACGGCGGGACAGGAGCGUUUCCAGUCUCUGGGUGUCGCAUUCUACCGCGGCGCCGACUGCUGCGUGCUCGUCUACGACGUCAACAACUCCAAGAGUUUUGAUGCUCUGGACAGCUGGAGGGACGAGUUUCUGAUCCAGGCUUCACCGCGCGACCCCGACAACUUCCCAUUUGUCGUUCUCGGAAACAAGAUCGAUGUCGAGGAGAGCAAGAGAGUGAUCUCUACCAAGCGCGCGAUGACCUUUUGCCAGUCCAAGGGCGGAAUCCCCUACUUCGAGACCAGUGCAAAGGAGGCCAUCAAUGUUGAGCAGGCGUUCGAAGUUAUCGCGCGGAACGCCCUCGCUCAGGAGGAGUCUGAAGAGUUCAGCGGUGACUACCAGGAUGUCAUCAACAUCCCCAUUGAGAACCCCCGGGACGGAUGCUCUUGCUAAGCAGGUGUCGGUUGAGUUGGUUAACGUUGAGCGAGAAGGAGGGGUUAGGGCGCGCAUGCAGUGUCGGGGCCCAACUCACAUUUGUGUUCAGUCCAUGGGCCUUUCCAUAUAUCCAUUUUGUCCUUGGCUUGAUGUAGCAUAUCCUGCACUGGUGUGGAUGGUGUUUAGAGGUUUCAUUUGAAUUCGAUUACGGGCUUGUUUGUAGUAUGUCAAUCUUUGUUGCGAUGUGCCAGGUUCGUUCUGAGUGUCACUUUAGACCUGCUCACCACUAGAGCCUAUGAACGUUUACUUGGCACCACACCCAUCCCGAUUCACAACAUGAAAGAGUUGAAUGAGGACUCUCAUAUCUUC